CGGUUGCAAUGGAUCGAGAAUAUGGUGUUUUUGUUCCCACGAAAUUCCACAUUUUAUAUACAACAAGAACAAAUCGACGGUGACGGUCGGGAAAAAAACAUGCUACGCCGGAAGUCUCUCGUGCUUUUUGUUUGGAUAAGAGCUUUAGUGCUUGAAUUGUUGUUGAGAGGACUCAACAAACUAACACAAAAACGAAUCCGCAUCCGCAUCAGACAAAUGGUGUUGUCACGGUUGACUCGCGAAUGUUAUUGUUUCACGUGCUUAAGUGUCAUCAAAGUCAAAAUUUAAGCCGAUUUGUACUUUAUUGGAACAUAUGUAUUUUGUACAAGUACCUUUUCCCGGUAUGACUCUCCGUCAUUUGAAUCUAUAUGAAAUUUAUAAUAUAUCCAUUACGGCCUCUUCUGCACACAUUUUCUUACGUCUGCCCUUGAUUAUUACGUUUACCAUUAUUUGCAUAAAAGUAGCAUUUUAUUAUUUAUUUUUAUCCAUUGGUAUCAACCAAUGUAUUAUUGGAAAAUAACAGAAUAUUAUAAAAAAAUAAUAUUAUGAGUUGAUAACAUUCAACUUGAUCGAUAGUUAAUUAUAACCAUGAAACAGCUGUUUAAAAGUUUACUAUUUUUAUAUUCAUGUAUGUAGAAAGCAAGCGUGAUUUGUUUUCAAAGAAAAAGGAAAUUAUCAAUAUGUCAUUGGUUAUUAAUCGGAUGAAAAACAGAGUUUGCAUGCAAAUUACAGUUGUUGUGGUAUUCACAGUCAGUGUAAUUCAUGUUAUUACAUUUCUGCCACUAUCAAAGGAACUAGCGGAGAACGAUGAUUCGAAAGGGAAAAUUACACAUAUUGGAUUUUUAAGAGUUCACAAAUGUGGCUCUGCAACAAUGUCAAAUAUAAUUUUCCGGUUUGGACUACAUAACAAUUUAACAUUUGCGAUUCCAAAAACGGGUGGAUAUAUCACAAACACAGACUCUUUACUUCCUGUGCGUCCUACUGGUCAUUAUGAUAUUUUGAUCGGCCAUUCCAUAUAUAGCCGUAAGUUAUAUCAGUAUUCAUUUGGAACAGAUUCGGUAAAUAUUGCAUUUGUUCGCGAUCCUGUUCAAAGAAUGAUAAGUGCUGCAUAUUUUUACAGGGAUGUUUGGCCACAAGCAUAUCUUCUACGUGUUCCAAAAAGUAACUUCAUUGAAAAUCUUGUCCGAUUACCUCAUGUUUAUGACAGAGCUCCAUUUAGUUACACAAGAAAUGCCAUGGGGAGGGACUUUGGAUUUUCUUCAUCUAUAUCUAUCAAUGAUACAGAUAAAAUAAACCAACAUCUUGAUAUGCUGAAAAAAGACUUCAAACUUGUUCUUGUUCAGGAAAGGUUCGAUGAAUCGCUUGUCUUGAUGAAAAGAACUUUAAACUGGGACAUUGAAGAUAUACUUUAUGUAAAGAUAAAUGCAAACAAGCACAAAGUAGAAUCGCUCAGUUCAGAUCUUAUAAAGAAAUUACAAGAAACGUGUUUCUUAGAUGUUAUAUUGUAUGAAACAUUUUCUAAAAUAUUUGAUGAAAAAGUUAAAGAUGAGGGUCCGGAAUUUUACCGUGAAGUAGAAUGGUUUCAAAACGUGCUUCAAUCAGUGAGCGAGUUUUGCAAUGCAGAGCAAGUUCGUAACAUUGUGAAAAUAGACAAAUCGGAAUGGAACGAGCCAUUUCACAUCACUCAGGAGAACUGCUCGGACAUGAAAAUGGGAGCCCUCACAUACCUUCCAAUGCUUAGAAACCGUCACAAAAAGAUGAACAAUUGAAAUUAUGUAGAUUAAUAGCAUUGCAGUUGACAUUAUGGUUUUAAUUACAACUUUAAAACGUCUGUCCGUUUCCUAUAAGAUAACAAUUUAUCCGUUUUAUCAUGAACGAUUGAAAAAAAUAUGAUUAUACACGUGUAUAAACAUUGAAUAUAUAUCUGAUUAUUGUAAAGUCUGUAACUUAGAUUUAUGAAUAUUAUUCUUAAACUCCUUAGCAAUUAAUAUUGAAGUGUACUUGGUUCAUUUUUCAAUACACUAUUUUUUGGCUAGAUACUAUUGCCAAUAUUUUGAUCUGAU